UGAAAAAUCUAGAAGCUGAUUACAAUAGAGCGUACGCUCCACGGUUCAAAGGUCAACGGUCAAAACCACACCCUUUCCUUUCGAGGCUUCCCUUCCUUAUCCCUAAAUAAAAAAUCUAAAACCCCAACUAACUCUCAUCUCCAAUCUCAUUUCCAUAAACAGACACUGGUAGUCUAGCAACCAGAAAAGAAAAUUCGUUUCAUCGCAGUCGAUAUGGACGGUUUCGAUCGCCUCCCGGAUUCUCUCAUCCUUCUCAUCUUCAACUCCGUCUCCGAUGUCAAGACUCUUAUCCGCUGCCGCUCCGUUUCCAAACGCUUCUACUCGCUCGUUCCCGAAACCGAGUCGCUCCUUCUCAGAGUCGACCGCGUCAUUUCGCCUGAGUCCGACACCGAAUCCCUACUCUUCUCCUUCCUCAAGUCUCUUCUCAAGUCCAUUCAGGACCUUUUCAAGUCCGAUCACAAACCCACCGCAACGCUCACCCUUACCCAUAAUUCUCCCGCUCAAAUCCUCUCUCAGUUCCACCGGAUUCGAGACCUACAAAUCCAGCUACCCGCCGGUGACUUAAAAUUAGAUAAAGGCGUCGUUAUAAAAUGGAGAGCCGAAUUUGGGAAUACGUUGAAGAGUUGCGUGAUUCUCGGUUUUCGCACCGCUGCGAGGGAUUCGGAGGAUGGUAAUGCUGACGUGGAUUUUGAUUUCGCCGGAGGUUUGAAGGCCAGAGUGGUGUGGACGAUCAGUGCGUUGAUCGCAGCAUCAGCAAGACACUACUUGCUAAAAGAAGUUGUGAAAGAACACGAGGAAAUGGAGAGAUUGGAAUUGAAGGAUAAGGAAACGGAAGGGAUAGUGGUGAUGGAUAAGGAGGGUUUACGGGAGUGUAGGAUGGAGAAGGCGGCUAGUGAUAGAGAGUGGGAGGCGAGUAGGACGGUGGUACCGAGCGCGAGGAUGAGGAUGAGACACGAGCCGAGGGUACAGCUCAAUGAUGGGAGUCGGGUAGAAGGUGCGACUCUGGUGGUCGUUUGGCCUUGUGUAGGGAAGGAAGUUGGUGGGGUCCAGAGUGGGGAAGCUUGGGCAGCUGACGUGGAAGAUGCUAAGCUGGCGACGGGUGCUUUCGGAGGUGAAGGGGUAUAUGAGGAACUGGCAGCGCUCCUUGUGAAGAGUAAGGCUUAUUUGCUGGAAAUGAACUCUUUCUGAUACGAAGAGGGGUUUCUGUUAUUGCUUGUUUUUGUCUAGUUUGAGUUAUGUAUAUAUGUUUUCUUUUUUCUUUUUUUUUUUCCCAGCUAAGUUAAUGACCAAUAAAAAGUUGGGCAAUGGAUACAACUUAAAAAAAAAAAAACAAAACAAAAGCUUUUGCUAAGCUUUCCUAUUUGAAAGAUAGACCCACAAAGCUUAUUAAAUUCCCUGCCGGUGGUUCGGGAGUACAAUUAGCUUUCAGGGGACAAGACAGUAAAAAGAGCAUUUAACGCCAUGAACAUGGAAACCUGCAACUCCAAGAGAUGAACGCCACUCCGAUUAUGAUAUCUUGAGCAAUAGCAUUCAUUGUCAAAGUAAGACAUUCAUUAUGUACGACCAUAUGGUAGGCAAAUCAAUUUUCGAUUGGAAAAUGUAGCUUUCAAAAUUAAAACAAUUAUUGAAAACUAAAACUUUCCAUUUUCCUUCA